AUUCGACUUGGAGAAAUGUCAGCGAACGAAUCGGAUCCUAUCCACUAUGCUCCUAAGUUGCCUAUAAUUAUCAAUUCAGUCAUCUGCAUUGUAUCAUUCUUUUUCAACUCGCUUAUCAUUCAAGCAAUAUGCAAAUCUCGAUCUACAUACAGCGUUCUAAUAUGUGCAGUCUCCUUGGCUCAUGUUCUCUUGGCGGGUGUGACAGUUCCAAGUGGAUUAGUUGCAAGAUAUUCCAUAAAAGCUACCAUGGGAACUUUGAUGGCAUGUAAACUUUAUAAAUUCUCUCAAAAGUUAACAGUUGUGGGAGCUAUCCACACAGUACUCUUGUUGGCUUUCCAUUCAUCAGUUGUUACCAUUAGCGGAAGGGCGAUGUUCCUGCUCUCGUUCAUAUGGUUCUUCGGAGCUUCGUAUGCUGUAUGGCAAGUAGUACUAAAUACAUUGUACUUAGUUCAGAUUCCGGGAGAUUACGAAAGGAACCAAACUAGUUUAAUAUGUUUUGAAGUAUAUACCAUAAAAUUUGUCAAAGAUAUUUUCUCCGUCACUGAUCUUCUCGUUAUUUAUGUUGUUCCAUUUGUGGUAAUUACUGUGUUAUAUUUGCGAAAGCAUUCUCCGGCUAACUCACCAGCUCAAGAGAAGUAUUCAAGGUGGAAAUUGUCUAUUUGUUUAACUGCUCUUCAUUUUGCCAUGCAGCUACCCAAUGAUAUAUACUUAACUUAUGCAUUCUAUAUUAAGGAUGAGGAGGACAAGCAUUUUUUGCUCAUAAGUACAGUCCUUCAAACGUUUGCGAAUUGUCACGGUAUCGGUAAUGCCGCGCUAACGAUUCUUAGCCUUAGGGACGCCCGGAAACGUUUGUGCUGUAAAGCACCAAACGAUUCGGUUGAUCACGGAAUCGAAGAACAAGCGGAAGAAGUAGAGAGUUGUUUGCAGCAGUCGGACGUGAUAUAUAACGGGAAUAGGACUAUAACUAAUACAUAA